UUGAGAGAGUUCAGAGGUCUCCUUAUUAUAUAACUCAAGGCACGUGGAGCCGCCCGAACUGCCCCCCCCUUCCCGAGUUGGGGCAGUCCGAUCCAUGACUGCUCCUCGGACCAGUGCUUCUGGGAGCCUCUGCGCGCACGGAGGAGGAGGAGGGCAGUUAGUGGCAGAGCUGCGGGAGCCCGUCUGUCCGUCCGUGUGUCUCGCGCACUCACACUGACUGUUGCCCCGCCGCGCGAGACGAGCUGUCAAAACUAAGAAGAGUCCCGGACUGCGGAGCGGCCGCUAACUACCGAAAUAAAUGAUGGCUCACGCGGACGCGAUGCCGCCGCCGGGCUCGUCGGGACGCAGCCGCGACUCCGAAUCGGACUCGGACUCGGACACCGAGGAGCGGGAGCACGCGGCGCGGUGCGCGUCGUCGGGGCAGUGCGCGCGCUGCGCGCCUCGCGCCCAGGUCAUCCACAGCGGACACUUCAUGGUGUCUUCGCCGCACAGCGACUCCGCGGCACGCAGGAGGAGGAGGAGCGGGGAAGCGGCCGGUUACGACUUCGACACGGUGAACAGGACGUGGUGUCACACGUACAGGUUCGGACCCCUGAGCUCGGGGAGCCUCAGCAUCGACCCAACACUCACCCGGCUCUUUGAGUGCAUGACCCUGGCGUACAGCGGAAAAAUCGUCUCUCCGAAGUGGAAGUCUUUCAAAGGGCUCAGGCUGCUGUGGCGGGACAAAAUCCGCUUGAACAAUGCGAUAUGGAGAGCGUGGUAUAUCCAGUAUGUGGAGAAGAGGAAGACUGCGGUGUGUGGGUUCGUAACACCGUUGGAGGGCUCGGAGGCCGACGCCCACCGUAAGCCAGAGGCUAUUAUUUUAGAGGGCAGCUACUGGAAACGCAGGAUUGAAGUUGUGAUUAAAGAGUACCAUAAAUGGAGAAUAUACUACAAAAAAAGGCUCCAGAAGAAUAAAGAUGGAGUUGUGUCCAUGUUACAGAAGGGCCCAGUUUACAGAGGAGGGCUGGAGAGAUGGUCCGACCAAGCCUUCCAGGAGACCAAACAGAUAUCGGAGGAAGCCCACACGUUUGACCUGGACUGCUUCCUGUCAGACAUCUCAGAUACCCUGUUCACCAUGACCCAGAAGCCCACCCCAUGGUCUGAGGAUUGCCACAACACUUACAGCAGCAAUGCUGACAUGAUCCAGCCGGGUCUGACCCCUCUGCACCCCAGCCUGGACGACCUCAUGGAGAUCCCAGACAUUUUCGUGAGCUACCGCAGCCAGCCUCUGGACCAGGCAGGAUACUCCGAGUGUGACUAUUUCCCCGCGGCCCAUGUUGGGGUCUCCGCGGAGCCUCUGCUGCAGACAGACGCUCAGCUGCUGCAGGCUAACUUUGCUACUGAAAGCAGCAACAGGUUUUCUCAUCCUUCCUCGUCCGACGCCUUGCCGGACAUGGGCUACCACAGACCGCAGCCUUUAGCUGCGGAUGUGACCUUCACCCCCGGCAGCAUGUCCUCGGAGGCCAAAUACAAAGGGGAGAUGGACUACGGCUUGGCGACGGAGACCGUGCCGUACGAACGGCAGGGUUUCGCGAGCGCCCCUGGGCUCGCGUCUGCUGAAGCACCACCUUCAUCCCAGCAGGGUUCUUAUCUCUAUCCUACGACCUGCUUCAAGUACCGGCACUGCUCAGCCGCCACGUCUUCGGUCAUCACGCACACGGGCUCCACGGUCAACAUGCUGUCCCCGAGCGUGCAGGCGCACUUCUACCCGGAGCCGGAAGCGUUCUCGCUUGGCCCCUACGCGGGCCUGGGAUACCCCGCGGUACCAGGCGGCCCUGCCGUCCCGCCCCCGUACAGCCCCGAGCGCAGUUUCCCUGCGCCUGACCAGAGUGGCAAGGACAGCAGGGGCAAGUACAAGCAGACGACCCCCGGGGCGAAGACGCUCAGCUCUGCCCCUUCCGCUUCUCCUCUCGAGACGAGCUGCUUGGCCAAGCUGCUGUCCACAGGCAUGCAGGAACGUAAACCACCUUCAGGAUUCGACUCUUCUUUACCUGAAGCCAAGGCUCACAGUUCAGCAUCCUCCACUUGCCCCCAAACCGGUGGCAUGCGGAGGCAGCCCAGUGCUGCGCGUGGCCCCGAGCGCUGCCAGCAUGGUCCCCUGCCCUCCCGAGCACCCGCUGUGCCUAACCUACUCGCCCAGGGCGCGUCACCCCUGCCCGCGCCGCUCCUCGUCCCCAAGACAGAGAAACUGUCUCCAGUCCACACCUACGGCAGCGAGAGAGCCAUGUUGACAGCCAGUUUUUCAGGGAACUCGGGUCAAGUAUCCCCAACGAACCCAACAGAAAAGACCAGUAACCCCCAUUCUCCGCACUCCUUCCUUGGGCAGCACAAGUUGGAGUCGACCAAGACUGAGAGCAGAAGAAUAACUCACAUCUCGGCGGAACAGAAAAGGCGUUUCAACAUAAAACUGGGAUUUGACACUCUACAGGGCCUGGUGACAACGCUGAGCUCCCAGCCCAGCAUUAAGAUCAGCAAAGCCACAACCCUGCAGAAGACGGCAGAGUACAUCAGCAAGAUGCAGCAGGAACGUGCCCAGCUGCACGAGGAGGCGCAGCGACUACGAGAAGAGAUCGUGGCCCUCAACUCGGCCAUCAACCUAUGUCAGCAGCAGCUCCCGGCCACUGGGGUACCAAUUACCAGACAGCGCUUUGACCACAUGAGGGAUAUGUUCCGGGAAUAUGUCCGAGUGCAGACCCUGCAGAACUGGAAGUUCUGGAUUUUCAGUGUCAUCAUCGAGCCCCUGUUUGAGUCCUACAAUGGUAUGGUGUCCACUGCCAGUGUGGAGGACCUCUGCCGGACCACCCUGUGCUGGCUGGACCAGCACUGCUCCCUCCCGGUGCUGCGGCCCGCGGUCCUCAGUUCCCUCCGUCUCCUCAGCACCUCCACGUCCAUCCUGACGGACCCCGGUCUCGUCCCCGAGCAGGCCACCGUGGCGGUCGCCCACACCCACCCGCACCACGACUACUCGUAGCGACCGCGGGCUGGAGGAUCAGUGGCCGGUCCUCGCUUGUAGCCGUACGGUUGGUAUGGCUGCGGUGCGACGAGCAUCACUUGGUGUCUUUGUAGUUGCUAAAUGUCCCUGCUGGUGACGCUGGACGGUGGGCAAAGGGUCAGGUGAAGGACCCUCUGAACUGUGAGGAAAGGUCCACCAUCGUCCAGCCCCGCUGCUUUCCCCAUCGUGUCUGUCGACGUCCUUCCCCACGUGUCGCCCAGAGCACCUUUUUUCCCCCCCGAGAUGAUUCACGGUGACUCUUCGAGCUUUAAAAUACCGUGUUCUGCUGUUCGUUUCUCCGAAUCUUUGAACGUCCGCAAAACAGAAAACGCAGCUUUGUUACUGAAGGAUUUAUCGU